GCUGGUUGUAAAAGGGUUCUGCAUCAUUUUCCUUCCUGACCAAAUUCCUGAACUUCAGAGCACGGUUGGUUCCGUUCUUUGCACUUCUGCACCCUAUCCACAGCACCGCCGACGAGCUUCUUUCAAUAUGGCGGAUACAAACGAGAAGAAGAAACUUCGCAUCGGGGUGCUAGCCCUGCAGGGAGCUUUCACAGAACAUCAACAUCUCCUGCACCGCUUGACCGAGGAUGUGGACUCCACCGUGCAGGUCAAGACCGAGGCGGCUCUCUUGGACCCAACGCUCGACGCCCUGAUAUUACCUGGCGGAGAAAGCACCACAAUGGCACUUAUUGCAGAGAGGACUGGGUUAAUGGAGCCACUGCGGAACUGGGUCAAGGCUGGAAAGCCUGUCUGGGGAACCUGCGCAGGGAUGAUUCUCCUUUCCAACGAAGCACACAAGAUCAAAAUUGGUGGUCAAUCCCUUAUUGGCGGUCUGGAUGUGACUGUCAAGCGCAAUGCUUUCGGCGCCCAGGUGGAUUCAUUUGUCGGAGACUUGUCCGUCCCGGCCCUAACGGAACCAGAGCGACUCUUUCCUGGCGUGUUCAUCCGUGCACCCAUCAUCGAGACAGUAAAGCCAGAAAAAGUGCAAGUUCUCGCUAGGGUGGUCAAGAAUGCGGCACCGACGUCUGCUGAGGAUGGUGAUAUCGUGGCGGUACGGCAAGGGCAUAUUCUUGCUACUGCUUUCCAUCCAGAGCUUACAAGUGAUGAGAGGUUCCAUAGGUACUUUAUAGACAUGGUUAGGGAGGUGCAGGAUCAGACGAAGGCGUAGCGGAUUUCAUGUACAUACCCUUGAAGGGGUUUGAUCAGACGGGUUCUAUUUAGAUAGAUUUGGCAUAGAUGCGUCAUUUGAUUGUCGUAAAUCCCACGCAGUUCAGUAGAAUCCGACCUUACCGAGUCAGACGACGUUGCCUUUAUAUUUACGCAAUGUAAUGUGGUGAACGCUCUUUUCAAC